AUGGCGAACAAGAGGAGUGAAUUGUUGCCAAACAUGAUAUUCAUUGUCACACUCACUCUCAUUUGCAUUUUUAAUUUCUAUCCCACCAUGGCUAAUGAAGCAGGAUAUUUCUCUUCGGAAGAGAAUGAUGCCAAUGAGCAAAGCAAUUUAGAAACACACAUUGUUCACCUAAAGCUGCCCGAAGGCGUAGAUUUUUCUCGAUCAGAAGACUUGGAGAGCUGGUAUCAGUCCUUCUUGCCAGCUAGCUCGAAUGAGCCCUCGUCACGGAUGGUUCACACAUAUCGUAACGUGAUCAUUGGUUUCGCGGCAAGAUUGUCACCAGAGGAGGUGAAAGCCAUGGAAAAGAAGGAUGGGUUUGUAUCGGCUUGGCCCCAGAAAGUACUGCCACUACACACAACUCAUAGCCCAAACUUCUUGGGUCUGCACCAGAAUUUAGGGUUUUGGAAUGACUCCAAUUAUGGGAAGGGUGUCAUAAUUGGAGUUUUGGACACCGGAAUCACCCCGAACCAUCCCUCAUUUAGCGACAAGGGAAUGGCUGCUCCUCCUCCUAAAUGGAAAGGCAGGUGUGAAACUGGGAUAUCAUGUAAUAACAAGCUCAUCGGUGCUAGGAACUUCCUUAAUCGAACGACACCUGAGCCGCCGCGCGACAACGAUGGUCACGGCACACACACCACGAGCACCGCUGCCGGGAACUUCGUGGAAGGUGCCAAUCUGUUCGGCCAGGACAAUGGCACUGCGGUUGGCAUGGCGCCUCUUGCUCAUUUAGCCAUCUACAAAGUAUGCACCGGCUUUGGUUGUCCCGACGGUGCAAUAUUGGCAGCAAUGGACACUGCUGUCGAGGAUGGAGUGGACGUGCUUUCUCUCUCCCUCGGGGGAGAAUCUUUACCUUUCUAUUCUGACAACAUUGCCCUAGGAGCAUUUGGGGCAAUGAAAAAGGGCAUUUUUGUCAGCUGUGCCGCCGGUAACUCUGGUCCGUUUAAUGCUUCAUUAUCAAAUGAGGCACCAUGGAUUCUAACAGUCGGAGCAAGUACUAUUGACAGAAGCAUAAUGGCAACAGCAGUACUUGGAAACAAUGAGACAUUCGACGGCGAGUCACUAUUACAGCCAAGCAAUUUCACAUCGGAGUUAUUGCCCCUUGUUUACCCCAGCAUCAAUGGCACUGCAUCGUGCAGUCCCCUAGCACUGAACAACACUGAUGUAACAGGAAAAAUAGUGUUGUGUGAGAGAGGUAGUGGCCAAACAGUGAAGGAUGCCGGCGGUGCUGCCAUGAUACUCAUGAACAACCAGAUGAGAGGCUAUAAUACCUUUCCCAUUAAGCCAGUUCUUCCAGCAACACAUGUUAGUUACGACGCGGGAAUGAAGAUCAAAGCUUAUAUAAACUCGUCGGCAACCCCUACUGCUACAAUCUUGUUCAAAGGAACUGUAAUUGGAGUAAAGUCUGCUCCUGUGGUUGUAUAUUUUUCAUCCAGAGGUCCUAGCUUGGCAAGCCCUGGAAUUUUGAAACCGGACAUUAUUGGUCCUGGUAUGAGCAUUCUAGCUGCAUGGCCAUACUCUGUUGACAACACCAACACAACAUCCACAUUUAACAUCAUCUCUGGCACAUCAAUGGCUUGUCCUCAUCUCACUGGCAUCGCGGCGUUGCUGAAAAGUGCACACCCAGAUUGGUCACCGGCUGCCAUUAAGUCCGCGAUCAUGACUACUGCUGAUCACUAUAACCUCGAUAACAAGCUCAUUGUGGAUGAAAGAAUGCUUCCAGCUGACGUCUUCGCGACCGGGGCAGGCCUUGUGAACCCAUCAAAAGCGACUGAUCCAGGACUUGUGUAUGAUCUCAAACCGGAUGAUUACAUACCUUACUUAUGUGGUUUGGGUUACACAGACAAACAGGUUGGAAUCAUCUUACAACGCACAGUGAACUGCUCUGAUGAGCCAAGUAUACCGGAAGCGCAGCUCAACUAUCCUUCAUUUUCAGUUGUGCUCGGUUCUAAUGCUAAUACAUACACGAGGGCAGUGACAAAUGUGGGCGAGGCUAAUUCAUCCUACACUGUUGACAUUGUUUCACCUCCGGGUGUUUAUGUAACUGUCAACCCCACUAAGCUCGAAUUCACUGAAGUCGACCAGCAGAUGACAUACAGUGUGACAUUUACUCGAUCAACUGUUCGAGGUGACACCCCCAAUAUUGUUCAACCUUUUUUACAAUGGGUUUCUGCUACUCGUGUGGUUAGAAGUCCGAUGACGGUCAUUUAUGCAAAUUCACAACUAGAAAUGGAAAAGGAGGCUCCAACCCAGCCCGGGAGGGCCGAGAUGAUCACCCUCCUCAACACCAACCAAUGGGUGAGGUCAAAGGUAUAUCGGGUGGCUUCGCUGGUGGUGGUGAGACAAGUUCGGCUCGGAGGGCUCAUGCUUGGAGAAUUCGGAGUUUUUCAGAGGUGA